UCAACAUAUAACGCAUGUAUUAUUCUCCUUUACAGGGUGAGGUGCGUAAGGGGGUUGGGCUCCACCCGCUGCCCUCUAAGCUCCAUCAAAGCUCCUUAAGUCUGCCAGUCCUGCUCCUGAGUCACGGCAAGGAUGAGCUUCGGAGACCGCUACACCGUGUCAUCCUACCGCAAGCUUUUCGGAGAUUCUCCCAGGUUCCCCUCCUCUGCCUCCCGCAUGGGCAGCGCGCCUCCUCGGUCCGCCCCGGGCCUCCGAGCCAUGGCUGCGCCGCGCCACGGCGCAUCCUCCCUGGGCCUGUACAGACGGCUCGGACGGUCCCCUCUGGUACCGACCGGCUCUCUCGAUUUAGGCCAAACCUCUGUGGCCAACAACGAAUUCAAAGUGAUCCGAACCAACGAGAAGGAGCAGCUGCAGGGCCUGAACGACCGCUUCGCCAUGUUCAUCGACAAAGUGCGGCUGCUGGAGCAGCAGAACAAGGUCCUGGAGACGGAGCUGGGCAGCCUCAGGCAGAAGCACGGCGAGCCGUCCCGCAUCGCCCUUCUCUACAAGCAGGAGAUGAGAGACCUGCGCUCCCAGCUGGAGGAGCUGAACAGGGACAAGAACCGCAUCCUGAUCGAGAGGAACAACAUGGAGGACGAGCUGCAGAAGCUCAGCGUGAAGUACGACGAGGAGGCGAGGGCCCGGGAGGAGGCCGAGCAGACCCUGAGGUCUUUCAGGAAGGACGUGGACGACGCAGCCGCCGUCCGGCUGGACCUGGAGCGCCGCCUGGAGACGCUGAUGGACGAAAUCUCCUUCCUGAAGAAGGUGCACGAAGAGGAGAUCGAGGAGCUGAGCAACAUGAUGAAGUCGCAGCAGGUCUCCGUGGAGCUGGAGCUGGCCAAACCCGACCUCACCUCGGCUCUGAAGGAGAUCCGCGGCCAGUACGAGGCCAUCGCCUCCAAGAACCUGCAGUCGGCGGAGGAGUGGUUCAAGAGCAAGUUCGCGAGCCUCAGCGAGCAGGCCACCAGGAGCAACGAGGCCAUGAGGGCCAGCAGGGAGGAGAUCAACGAGUUCAGGAGGCAGCUGCAGUCCAGGACUGUCGAGAUCGAGACCCUGAGGGGGGCCAACGAGUCUCUGGAGAGACAGAUCACCGAGAUGGAGGACACGCACAACGCUGAGGUCACAGCCAUGCAGGACACAAUCAGCCACCUGGACACUGAGCUGAGGAACCUGAAGGGGGAGAUGGCUCAGCACCUGCGGGAGUACCAAGACCUCCUCAACGUGAAGAUGGCCCUGGAUAUCGAGAUAGCUGCUUACAGGAAACUUCUGGAGGGGGAGGAGACUCACUUUAACUCUGGGAUGUCGUUCGGCACCACCAGCUACAGCUACCAAGCUCGAGGCCCCAGCGAAUCGCACAAAAGCAGCCCGGCGGGGAAAGGAGGGGCCACGAAGGAAAGCUUCAAGGAUAUCAGCGAGGACAAAGAAGAGGCAGACAUCAACUCCAACAACUGAACACGCACAGGGAGAGCGGAGAGGAUCCGUAUCCACAGCUUCAGUCCAUGAGCGUGAAUGCUUUAUUUUAGGCUUAAAUUAUUAUACAACUUUAAAACAAGAGCAGCAUGGAAAUAUUUGAGUUCAUUUAAUGUCCCUUAGCCAGUUUAAUCUUAAAAAGCACUAUUUCUGUAGCUAUCAGUGAGCUUCUGGAAACAUUUGUGCUGGAUAUUUGACCAUUGAUCUCGGCAAAAUUGGUAUCGCUAAUUGAAAUGGGUUUAUUUUCCUGACACAAAACCGGCUUUAAAGAAUUUUUAAACAAAGUUUGGGCCAGAGCAUUUGAAAAGCCACGUUCCAACUCUAAAUGUCUGCCUUAUCCAUCACAAAACCAGUUUUUAUUUGUGUUUGGUUGUACUGAGCAGAAGAGAAGCCUCUUGCUGUUGUUUUUCUUAAUUAAAACUUUAUUUAACCGGAUAAAAGCACCCAUUAAGAUCAUGACCUCUUCCACACCUGGCCAAGAAAGGCAGCAGCUCUCCUCACUGUAAAAAUAUAAACUUUGUGUACAAUUUGAUGAAUAGACUGCAGGAGUUAUUGUUACAGUGACAGUAUAGGGCUUAAAACAGUAAUAAUGUAGGAUUUAAAACCCGGGCACUGUUUGAUGCAUUACCGUUGUCGGUUUCUUAAGAUAGAGCGAAGGGCUUCCAGUGGAACCGGUUCUGACCGUUUUGGUUCAGACUGGACUGCGUUCCCAGGCAGACGAGGCAGAAAAACUGAAAGCUUUCUGUCUAUUUUCAGUUUGAACACGAGCAGCAGAGAAACACAAAAUGUCAUUAGAGUAUAAGACAUGACUGCAACAGAAACCAAGCUUUGCCCUUAAUUUGGAGAUUAAGUCUAAGAUUAUAUUUCCAAUUAAGAUGAAUUUAAUUUUAUUCACAUAGCACCAAUUCACAUACAUGUCAUCUCAAGGCACUUUACCAAGUCAAAU